GACGCGUGCGGUCUGCGCAGGCGCAGAGGGGCGCCGCAGAAGCAACUCGCCGUGCUUCGAGUUUUCAGUGAAUCGUGAACAUGAAUGAGAUGUUUGCUCCUCUCGUGCUGACAGUGAUCGUGUUCUCUGUCGGGGCGCUGCCGGUCGCUCGGUUAAAGUCAAGAAAACACGAUGGAUUCCAGACAGAGCCGCAGUUCACAGAAAAGUAUUUCACUCAGACUCUGGAUCACUUCAACUUCAACAGCAUGGGGAACGGGACGUUCAGUCAGCGUUACCUGAUUACAGAUAAGUACUGGAAGAAAGGCUACGGUCCGAUUUUCUUCUACACGGGCAACGAGGGCGACAUCUGGGAAUUUGCCCGCAACUCCGGAUUCAUCACAGAGUUGGCAGCUCAGCAGGGGGCCCUCGUCAUAUUUGCUGAACAUAGGUACUACGGCAGGUCGCUGCCGUUCGGCAAAGACUCCUUCGACAUCCCUCGGAUCGGCCUGCUGACCGUGGAGCAGGCGCUCGCCGACUACAGCGUCAUGAUCACCGAGCUGAAGCGGCAGCUGCCCGCCGCCGACUGUCCCGUCGUCGUGUUUGGCGGCAGUUACGGCGGAAUGCUGUCAGUCUAUAUGAGACUCAAGUAUCCGAACGUCGUGGCUGGAGCUCUGGCGGCCAGCGCCCCCAUACUGUCCACUGCUGGGCUGGGAGACCCCCGGCAGUUUUUCCGAGAUGUUACGGCUGAUUUCGAGAGUGUCGCCCCUGAAUGCGGAGACGCCGUGAGAGGAGCUUUCCGUCAGCUGAAAGAAUUAGCCGAGCGCCAAGAUUACAGUCGCAUCCAGUCCGAGUUCACUCUGUGCGAACCUCCAUCGUCUGCUCAGGACGUGCACCAGCUGUACGGCCUGCUGAGGAACGCCUUCACUAUGAUGGCCAUGCUGGAUUACCCCUACAGCACCCACUUCAUGGGCAACAUGCCCGCCAACCCUGUCAAGGUGGCCUGUGACACCAUGCUGAGUGGAUCGGACCUACUCGCCAACCUCAGGAACUCAGCAGGGAUCGUGUACAACGCUACCGGGGAGCUGACGUGUUUCGACCUGUACAGUCUGUAUCUGGAGUGUGCGGAUCCCACUGGAUGUGGACUGGGCUUCAACAGCCUGGCCUGGGACUACCAGGCGUGCACGGAGGUCAACCUGUGCUUCGAGAGCAACAAUGUGACGGACAUGUUUCCUCCCAUGCCCUUCACCCAGGGGGACCGCGAGCUCUACUGCUCCAAGCGCUGGGCUGUGGUUCCGCGACCAGACUGGUUCAAAACCCAGUUCUGGGGCGAUGCCCUCUCCACAGCCAGCAACAUCAUCUUCUCCAAUGGCGACCUGGACCCAUGGGCGAACGGAGGGGUGCGCAAGUCCCUGAGCUCGUCGCUGAUAGCCGUCAACAUCCCUGAGGGAGCCCAUCAUCUGGACCUGAGAGGAUCCCACGAUGCCGACCCGGUGUCAGUGAUCAGCGCCAGGAAAACGGAAGCAGACGUCAUCGCACAGUGGGUGAAGACGGAGCGGAGCAGAUUACAUCCGUCACUUUAAAGCACAGCCUCCGAUCAGGCCCGUUGCCACAUGCCGGACACUGAAGGAAAAAAAAGAUUGAUAUCAUGUUAAUAAUACGCAUGAUAAGGUCACGUAAAUAAUCCUGCACCUCUUGAAUAAUCUCGGUUUCUUUCCAUCAUGAUGCAGCAACUAUCUGGGUCACACACACUCCAACUCCAACUGGGUAGGCAUUAGUUAUGGUUAUUAUUUAGACUGAACAAAACACUAGUGGAUCGUAGGAGCUGCUCUCAGCUGAGUUACUGUACAUCAUAUAUUCUCACCUUCCAUGGAGGCCUGCUCUUCGUCCGGUUUCCAAACUGUACACAGGCAGAAGCGUUUGCAAAGCGUCAUUUAGCCUUGACGUCUUCAAACGGCCCGUUUCUGUCCAACCGACGGCCCGAACCUGUAAUUCUCGAGUCAAAACUGUUUCUGCACAACUUGCAAUCUACUUGAUUAAAUGAAUGAUGAUCA